AAGAACUAAAUCGUUUUCCUCAAUGUCUCUAACCAUGUCAUUUUUCUCUGUUCAAGGCUCAACAAUCAUGAUUCACAUAUUAACCUAUUGGUGCGGGUCGAUGGAAUGUGGGAUACUCUUGGCAAUUUCAGUUCAAAGUAUGACACUGUUAUUGAUGUCCAUGUCGAGACCUCUCCAAAAUCACUCAUGGACACUGUUAAAGCACACAUUGCAAUGGACUGGUCUCAAAAUGAUGUUCGUUUCUCUUACAUGGUUGCCUUGUGUCCACUGCCUAUCGUCAUUUCUGAUGAUGCUGAACUACUCUUCUACCUCAGGUUGAAGUCUUACCAAAACAACAUCUCAUACCUGCCAUUAUGCAUGGAGGUUCUACCUACCGUUACUGCAGGUGAUGUUUCUGCUCAAGACAUAUCAUCAUACCCACCUCUACCUGUUAGUAACACGGGUUACACUCCACAUACUAUGGUGUGCACGGCCAACCUAACGGGGCAAAGCAAUCCAAAUAACCUGCAAAGCUCAACCUCUAAUGUAAAAUCUGAUUCCUCGAAGAAUAUGAAGCAAACCAAGCGUACCAAACGUAAUGCAAAAUCAGUGGACGUCCUUUCACACUAUCACCCGACCACUCUUCAACUUGACAGCAUUUAUAAGUCCAAGGAAGACUUAUGCCACCAUCUUCAAAUGUUUGAUUCAUAUCAUUCAUGCCCUGUUGACUUCCGGGAAGAAGAUAAGGACUCAUGGCUGUGGUUUCUUACUCAAUUGAAAACCACACUGACCCCAAGGCAUGACCUUUAUAUUGUCUCUGACCGUCACGAGGGGAUCCUCCAUGCUGUUCAAAACAUUUUCCCAAACGCAGGUCAUGGGUUUUGUACUGAACACAUCACCCGAAACUUGCGCGGUAAAUUCAAAGGUCCUAAAGAAGACUUAACUUGGAAGUUUAGGAAAGCAUCACGUGCACCAACCGAGGUGGAGUGCGAGGAAUACCUCAAAAUGCUGGAUGAGCAAGACCAAAGAAUACGCUCAUACCUCUCCCAAAUUGGUGAAUCAAGAUGGGCAUGCUGUAAAAGUGGUCCAUUCCGCUACUCUGUAAUGACGUCCAAUGCAGCAGAAUCAAUGAACAACGUCAACAACUCGGCACGUGAAUACCCCAUUUGCAAGCUAGUUGAUUUCAUUCGCGAAAGGAUGCAGAAAUGGUUUCACGAUCGGUUUGAAACAGCCUCAUCUACAUCAACUAUUCUACCAAAGAAGCUUGAGUCCGAGUUAAUUACGUUACAACGUGAUGCAUUCAAGAUGAAGGUUAAGCCAUCAUGCCCAUACGAGUUCGAAAUUGUUGACCGGUGGACCCGAAGUUAUGUGGUUAACCUUAGAGACAAGUCGUGCACAUGUGGGGAAUUUCAAUUGGACCAUUUUGUAUGUGUCCAUGUUGUGGCAGCAAUAGGAACUCGUCCAGGACUAUCAUGUUAUAAUUUCAUCUCACCUUACUACAAACGCGAAGCAUUGGUAGCCACCUACAGCGACAUUGUGCACCCAUUAGGAGACAAGUCUUCGUGGGACAUCCUGACUAAUGUCAAAUCACUUCUUUGCAAGCCCCCAUCAUGCACUAAGCGCCCCCCCUGGAAGGCCAAAGAAGAGGAGGCUACCGUCUGUGGGUGAAUUUCACUCCGGGAAAGGUCGGAAAAAACAAAAGUGCACCCGCUGCUUGAAGGUCGGACACAAUAUGAAAACAUGCAAAAACCCAAUCCCAACAUGACACUGAUUGUUUCUUUAUUAUAUGUGUGCGUUGCUAUAGCCAAUUUCCUUCCACAUGUAAUAAAAAACGCAUUCUUUU